GCAGGCCGGGCCGGGGGAAGAUGGCGGCGGUAGCGAGGUGGUGGCGGGCUGGGCUCCCGGGGUUGCUCGUGUUGCUGCUGCUGCGCGGGGCGCGCGCUGAGCAGACUGAGGAGCACCUGAAACGGGAGCACUCGCUCACCAAGCCCUACCAGGGUGUUGGAUCUUCCAGCUCCUCUCUCUGGGAUCUUAUGGGCAAUGCCAUGGUCACAACUCAGUACGUCCGCCUCACACCAGACAUGCAGAGCAAACAGGGGGCGGUAUGGAACAGAGUGCCUUGUUACCUCAGAGACUGGGAGAUGCAGGUCCAUUUUAAAAUCCACGGGCAAGGCAAGAAGAACCUGAAUGGGGACGGCUUUGCCAUCUGGUACACCAAGGAUCGCAUGCAGCCAGGGCCCGUGUUUGGGAGCAAGGAUCACUUUCUGGGGCUGGGGGUGUUUGUAGACACCUACCCCAAUGAGGAGAAGCAGCAGGAGGCUCAGAAGAGGCGGUAUGCCCCUGGAAAUCAGCGCGUGUUCCCCUACAUCUCUGCCAUGGUGAACAAUGGCUCUCUCACCUACGACCAUGACCGGGACGGACGGCCCACUGAGCUCGGCGGCUGCACGGCCAUGGUGCGCAACCUGAACCACGACACCUUCCUGGUGAUCCGCUAUGUCAAAAGGAGGCUGACGAUCAUGAUUGACAUUGAUGGCAAGCACGAGUGGCGGGACUGUAUUGACAUGCCGGGGGUCCACCUGCCACGGGGAUACUUCUUUGGGACCUCUUCAGUCACUGGAGACCUCUCAGAUAACCACGACAUAAUUUCCCUGAAACUCUACCAGCUGACGGUUGAGCGGAGCCCAGAGGAGGAGAAGCGGGAUAAAGAGGUGUUUCUGCCCGUUGUGGACAACAUGAAACUGCCCGGAGUGGAGGCCCCACUGGAACCCAUGAGCGGCCUGGCCUUGUUUUUAAUUGUAUUCUUCUCGCUGGUCGCCCUGGUGUUUGCCAUCGUCAUCGGAGUCAUUGUCUACAACAAAUGGCAGGAACAGAGCCGGAAACGCUUCUACUGACCUUGACGCCUGCCCUGCCCCUUCCCUCGGCAGCCCAACCGCUCUGCUGGAGUGGGCUGGCACAGGUGCUAGAGGCUAACUGAAGAGAAGCCCUUGCCUGCUCAGCCCAGACUUUCAAGAGCCCCUUCAGGUGGCUGCUACUUUGCUGGCCCCCAUGGGGACCGCUGCUGUGUCUCUUCGAGCUCUGGGGUUCCCAGCGGGAGCGGACGUCCUGGAUCACAUGGGGAGCACUUUGUGUGACACGUAGUGCAUCAGGGAGACCUAACCCCCCGACUCUGGAGGUUGGUGCAGUGACAGAUGGGCCGUCCCCCAGCAGCUCUUGCUUUGCAAGGUGUGUAGAGGACGCUUGGGGCGGGCGGAGCUGAAUGUUGUAUUGUUUCCGUGUUGGUGAGCCUUACAUGUGCUAUCUGGGGAUGUCCCACUGCCUAGCUAGGAGGCCAGGCACUGAAGACUGUAAAAUCCUAGAAAAGCCCCUUUGGCUUAAGGGUGAAACUUGGCCAAACAAAACGCUUCUUGUUGAGAAGAGUAGUGCUGGCCCCUCCCUGGCCCCUGCAGGACAUGAGCCUGGCCCCGCCCCCAGCCCCACCGCUGUUCACUCUGGCAGCCUGUCUGUGGCAAUGCAGGUGGCUUUGCUGCCUUAGGCUGGUCGGGAAGGCCGAGCUCAUCUGCCCCAGGCAGCUUUAAGCUUUUAAUCCUGGUUUUGCCAUAGCGCGGUUGAAUCCUGCACCAUGAAUGAAAUACUCCUUGUCUCACUGCUGCUCCUCAUUUUGAAGUAGGUGAACUGGGAGCUGUGCUAAAGGAAAACCCCUCGUUUUACAGUCACCCCAAUAUGGUCUGGGCAUGAACACAAAUAUUGGCUACUGGCCUCCCAGUGCCACCCUGAGCCUGCCUGAUGUCCCAGCAGCAUGGCAGGGAAAGCACUGCUCUUCCAGGCUGCGGGUUGGCCUUGAUGCAGCUGGCUCUUCUCGGCCUCUGAUGGAAAUUGACCUGAGCUGCUUCCAUUCAGUGCCUCCACUCUGCCACUACUAGCAUACGGUCACCUCCUCUUUCUCCCCGAUAACUGGGCUUUCCAUCCAGGGCUGAGGGGUUUUGCUGCUAGUGAAAUAUGCACUAAAAAGUCUCACUGCAGCUUGGUGAGACCAGGCCUGUCCGAGAAACCGUUCGGAUCCUGGGCUCAUUGCACAAGGGUCAGUACGUCUGUGUGCAGGGGCUCCAUGACACUCAGUGCUGGGAAUAUGGUGGGCAAGGGACAGCUAGUCCCGACCCACUUCCCGUUCGUUCACAUGAAGCCAGGUUAUGUUGUUGGGGUGGGGUUCAUGUGGUCAUGUUGCUGUCCACAUGCAUGGACUCGCCCAGCAACUGAUUGUUUUAACACUGGGUUCCGUUGUAAUAACCACUCGCUGCUGUCGGGGGGCCUGUCCCUCCACCACUGGAUCACUGUCUGCAUGCAGUGCUGCCUUCCUCCCUUCUGUGUACCUCGGCCUGGAGCCAGCCUUUGCACAGGGGCUGCUUGCAUGUCACUGUGUCCUGUUAGUGGUGUAGGUGUGAUGUGAAAAGGGGCAGUUCUCUCUUCCUCACCCAGAAACCUGAUGCCAGCACUUGUACAUGGUCCCUUUGUGUUUCUGAAGGACCUACAUCUGGCUGCUGUAACCAGGAGUUUGGAAGCAUGCUGGCAAAGGAAGGUCAAAGGGUUUAUUGGCCUGGUGGAGACUUUAGCCAUGCUUGGGAAAGAGAGCUCUGAUCUCUACAAAUGUUGUGCUGCCUUUCAGGGAGGGUUAGUUAUUUCCUACCUCAGUGACUGCUGUUUGAAUGAGUUCUUGCUUUCUGUAGGUCCUGCUGAGUCGUUCAUAAUACAGAUGCCGAGGGGGGGAGAAUACGGGAACAUGUACAGAUAGAAUCUCCGGGGACCUGGUUACAACACUUUGUCCCUGACACUGUUCCAUUCUGUAGUGUAAACAGGCCUGGAGCUGUGCGCUCAAUGUGGACAAGGCUUGGCUCGCCCGUGUCUGGUUAAACUCAACCCAAUGCACCAGAGCCAUGUUCUCCCCUUGUCCUAGCCAACCACGUCUAACUGGAUCUCGUGCCCUUGUUACAGUGACAGUAAAACCAGGCCCUGCCAGCUCCUCCUGCCCGUCAAGCCAUCUCUGGGUGCAGUAACCAGGGCUGGGCUGGGGAGAAGGGUUGGGCUGAGGGAAUUCCCAGACUCCUCAGAGGAACCUGCCCUUUGAGGGAGGAAGGUUUAGAUUCAGAAUGUCCCUUACAACUCCUGUCCUGGUGGCAGGUCCUGGAUUCCCGAUGUCUCCGCAUCCCAGGGUGGCCAUGGCCUAGCUAAUUAAAGAACAUAGUUAUUGGCCAAGACUUUCAAAAGGGACUUGUGACUUUUGUUUUUUCCUUUUCAAGUGCCUCAGUUUUUGGGAGCCCACCUGGAGACACCUUAAAGAGCCUCCCUGUUUGGAGCAGGGCGCCCAGCCCCUUGUGAAAACCAGGCCCCUUUCAGGGGUCUCCGGCUGGGCACCCAAAAUCCCCAAUUGCUUUUGAAAGUCUUGGCUAUUGGUUUGUAUGUAAACCCUGCUCUGCUCUGCAGGCGGCCAGCCAGUGGCACUGGGACAGGCUGGGUCACCAGCAUUGCUCCUGGAGCUGUGCUAACAGGGGGCAGCGCUGCUGGCACAUGGCCCAGACUGGCCGCAGAUGAAGCCGCCAUCGUAGCUGGUGCUCGGCAGAGAGCAGAGGCGUUGUUAACCGAAGGGUUCCUGAGCUCUGCUGGUGGUGUGCCCUGUUUGCCAGGAGCCACCACUACAGGUGUCCAGAUGGAUGCUGCAAUCUGUAGCCUUAAUUCGAUGGACGUUACAGUGGCAUGAGACCUGAUCAGCAGAGGUGCAGGUGAGAAUCUGUGUGCUCUUUGCCCUGGUACCUGGCGGACUGGAUGUGAGGAUGAAAUAGGGCAGGGGGAAGCCCUACUCCAGCUGUCCCAGUAUGGUAAACCUUGCAGCUCCUGUGCUGAUAGGAUAAUGUGGCCUUAUUGAAGUGUGGAGUGGCUGCAGGCCACAUCUUGGUGCCUCUGCUCUAGAUGUUGGUUCUAAACACCAGGCCAUGUUGAAAUGAUCCCUGCUUGUGUAUCUUUGAGUUCCAGCCUUCAAGGCCUUUGACUUGUCCAUCUGCACUAUUUCCCCUCCCAACACAGUUCAGAGCCUUGGGAAAUCAGUGAUGAGGCUUAGAGAGGUGCUGCCUUCCUUCCUCUGCAGAAAGUACGUUUUCUCCCAUGACUGCAUAUCUAAGCCCCCUGUUCUGACAGUGGCAAACUGGCUUUGCUGUAGCAGGGGGGUUUGGUCUGGUAGGAUGGCUCUGGGGUAGGGGGAGAUUUUUACAUGUGGCAAAGCAAUAGGGCAGCCUGAAAGCGUUGAGUCUGUUCUUGCCUCUUUUAAAAUAUUUUACCUGAUCAACAGAACUGUCUGUACGUGUGCCUGUUUCUGCAAGUGUAAUUUGUGUCCUGGAAAUAAACACACAAAUGUC